UCUGGAUCAGUGCGCAACUGGUUUAGCUGUUACAGACUAACACUCAGAGAUGAGACACUGAAAUACUUAAAUAUCUUUACUAAUAAUUUUUAUAUGAACUAUACUCAUAUAUCAACAUGAAGACACUCUCAGUACUCUUUAUCAUCUCUUUAUUCAUCAACGGUGUGUUUGGUGAUGAAGUGAAGUCAGUGUCAGUGAUGGAGGGAGAUUCUGUUACUCUACACACUGAUAUUACAGAAAUACAGAGAGAUCAUGUGAUAAAUUGGAGAUUUGAUGGGGUUCGCAUAGCUCAAAUCAACAAAGCGGCCAGUAUGGUGUUAUUAAAUGAUGAUGUACUUGAUGGGAGAUUCAAAGCUAGACUGGAUCUAAAUAGUCAAACUGGAGAUCUUACCAUCACAAACAUCACAACUAAAGACUCUGGAGUUUAUAAACUACAGAUCAGUGACAGCAGUAAGAGUAUAGAAAAGAUUUUCAAUGUUACUGGUCUGUUUGGUCAUAAAGAUAAAGGAAAGUCGGUGUCAGUGAUGGAAGAAGACUCUGUUACUCUAAACACCGAUGUUCCUGAUAUCAAGACAUAUAAUGUGAUACGGUGGAGAUUUCAACAUGAAAACUCUCCUCUAGCUGAACUUGACAGUAAUGCUGGUUUCUUCUUUACAUAUGAUGAUGUUCACAAUGGGAGAUUUAAAGGUAGACUGCAACUGGACCAUCAGACUGGAUCUCUCAUCAUCACAAACAUCAGAAACACAGAUUCUGGACUUUAUAAAGUAGAUAUCAGCAUUAGCAAUUAUACCAUACAUCAGUCAUUCACAGUUAAUGUCCGUGGUGGAGUGAAGUCAGUGUCAGUGAUGAUAGGAGAUUCAGUCACGCUGUACACUGAUGCUGAUAUUCACACUUAUGAUUUUAUCGAAUGGAUGUUUGGAGAUAAACGCUCACGAAUAGCUCAAAUAAAUAAACCAGAUGCACGCUUUGUUACGUAUGACGGUGAUGAUGGGAGAUUCAGAGACAGACUGAAUCUGAAUGAUCAGACUGGAUCUCUCACCAUAAGAAACACCAGAACUGAACACCGUGGAGUUUAUGAAGUAAAGAUCAGCAGUAAAAGACAUUCAUUACACAGAAGAUUCAUUCUGACUGUCACUGCAAUGGGUCUGUCUUUAGUCACUGUUGCGCAAGUUUGUGGUGCCUUCCUGCUUAUUAUUGUUGUAGCUGUUGCUGUGUUUUGGUAUUGCUUCAGGUCUCAUGGGAGAGUACCAAAUUUGGCUGUAAUAGAUAAGGAGAUGGAGGUGAUGGAGGGAGGUUCUGUUACUCUACACAAUGAUCUUACUCAAAUACUGAGUGAAACUCAUAUUAUAUGGAGCUUUGGAUUUAAAGAAGUCACCAUUGCUAAAAUAAAAAAAACAGGCAGCAAGUGUGUUGAUGAGAGAUUUAAAGACAAACUGACACUGAACCAACAGACUGGAGAUAUCACCAUCAAUGACAUCAGUAAUGAACAAUCUGGACUUUAUCAUCUAGAUAUCACCAAACGUAAAAAACUCUUGUCAAAGACAUUCAAUGUGAUUGUCAUCUGUAAAGAAAUAACAGUAAAUGCAGGAGAGUCUGUCACUUUAAAGACUUCUGUUACUGAAAUACAAAAAGAUGAGAAGAUCGAGUGGAUGUUUGGAAAUAAAGACACUGUCAUAGCUCAAAACAGUACCCUUAAUAGUACAUAUGAUGGUGAUAAUGGCAUAUUUAAAGAUAAACUGGAGCUGAAUCAUCAGACUGGAGAUCUCACCAUCAGUGACAUCAGACAAAGACACGCUGGUGUUUAUACACUAAAGACCGUCAUCAAUGGAAAUGUCUCUUUUAUGAGACUGCGUGUGACUGUCACAGAUAUGCCUGCACAGCAUUGUAAUGAAUUAAAACCUUUGAUAAAGAGUGAGACGUCCAGUAGCGGUGAUGUCUCAUGAUCAACAUUACAAACACAUUAUCUGUUACUGUUACUUGAAAUAUCACCAUCAUAGCGAUGA